CAAACGACCAGAUAACUUUAACUUUAUUAUUUCUUACAACGUAGCAAAAAAAGAGAAUUUCAUAUCGUUGACUGUUUUUGCUUGUUUUGUUUGUAACAAAAUGGCGCAUAGUUCAGCACUUCACGUUCGUGAGAGGCUGAUUUGUGAAGACGAAGUUGCCGAAUGCCGAACAAAGCAAGCGGGCACAUCACGAAAUGCAACUAGCCGGCGCAGCGGCAAUAGACACGCGGUGUCAUCGAUUACCGGCGACUUCCCCACCCCAAUCGCCAGAGUCCACGCCCUCGCCACGCCACGCCGCCCACGCCGCACGCCGCACGCCGCGCCCCGCGUCCCCCGCACGUCGUGCCGCGACGAUGUCAUCCGGACGCCCUUCCGAAUCUGCCAUGGACGCCGACGCAGCGCCCGCGGCGUCCUUCCCUCUCAGAUCGAAGAAGCGGCUGCCCCGCACGGGCGACGGCAACUCGAGCCCAAACCCUAGCCCCCGCGGCUCCCCCGCCCGCGGUAGCGAGCUUAAGCGCAGGCGCCGCACAUCUGCGGAGUCCGCCGCGCUCGCGCUCGCCACGGCCGCCGCGCGCGCGUCCGCGUCCGGCGUCCGCUCCGACGCGGGCGACGGCGCCGUCGAGAGGCGGAGACGCCCGCGCGCCCGCGCCGAAGGAGGCGACGGGGCCAUCCGGAUGCUCGGAGCCGCCGCCGCCCGCGUCGGUGGAGGCCGCGGCGCCGCCCAGAAACAAUGGAGCGACGACGACGAGUUCACGCUCCUCACCGCAGCCGUUGCCUUCCGCGAGCGCAACGGCCGAGCCCCGCGCCUCCCGGACAUGGCCGAGCUGUUCGAGUCCAUUAGGGACUCCAUCUCCUCGCACAUCGACCAGUUCAUGGUGUACUACAAGAUUAAGCGCCUGAAGAGCAAGUUCCAGCACUCCUCCGGCCCGCGCGACCGUCGCCUGCGCGAUCUGUGCUCCGUACUAUGGGGCGUCGGCGUCGUGCCCUCUUCCGAGGAAGACUCGGACGUCGGCGAGCGACGUGCUGUCCCUGAUGCGGCAGCCAUGAUGCCGGUGGUCACCGAGGUGCUCGGCGAGUACUGGAAAACGAAUGAGCGAGCCAUGGCAGGGGUGUCGCUUGAGAAAGGCCUGUCACUACUGGGGAAAAAAGAGGGCAGACUUAUUGAAACCAAAUGGAGGCAGCAGCUUGAUCAAGAGAUGCAAUCUCAGAUGCGGCGGCAUGAUCUGGCUAAGGAAGUCUGCGGCUUGCUCACUGAUGCCAUCAAAGGCCUCGGCCCUUAGCUCGGCUUGCAUCUGCAGAAGUUCUUCAGAGGAAGCUGGAAACUGAAAUUCCCUAUUUGUUGUAACAUUUUCUCAAAACUUGUAACACAGUUGCAUUGUCUGACUUCUGUAACAAAACAGGACGGCAAGAAUGCCCUGCUUAUACUAGCUUGUUAGUGAAUUAGUAGUGAUGUUCUAUUCAGCUGGCCUGUAAAAGGACUAAGCUUCGGCAAACCUAACCAUCUUGUUUUCAGUUUGUUUACCUUCAUCAAGGCUAUGAUUUCUUUUCUCAGAUCCUCAUCCUUGUGGAAAUCCAGAAAUUGUCGGUUUACCAUGCU